GCCUCAUGAGCAGGAUCUGAAGUUUCCUGCAGCCGUCAACCUCGAUAAUUGCAUAGCCACGGCGAAAAACAUAUUCACGGACAUGAAAGUCGACCUGCAACCUUCGAUGAAGGAAAUUCAUUGCGCCCGUUGUUGCACAGCGUACAACACCAAAGUGGAACGCCUCGAGUUUAACUCCUCGGCGGGCACCGACAGCGACUAUCUGUGGCGGAAGAUUUCGGUUUCCCUCCUGGAGCGCGAGAAGGCACACCAACUCGAGGGAAUGGCGCCGCCAAGAGAUUUCGAGCGCAAGAUCCACACCGCGAUCGACGAG